AAAUAAACACUGACAAACCAAUCAGCGGAGUUACCCCACCAGGCUAAGAAGGGGUCCCCGCCAUAUUGUUUCCUUGCUCCUAACAAGACGUGAAGUCCCUGAAAAAUUCUGAAAACACAUAAGAAUAAGUCUUAGCCAUGUCAGGAGGGACACUGCAGAAGGCAAUAGAUCUUGUGACUAAGGCUACAGAGGAAGAUAAGGCCGGGAAUUACGAGGAGGCGUUAAAGCUUUACGAGCAUGGAGUUGAAUACUUUUUACAUGCAAUAAAAUAUGAGGCUCAAGGGGACAAAGCCAAGGAGAGUAUCCGCUCAAAGUGCUUCCAGUACCUCGAUAGAGCAGAGAAGCUGAAGACAUACUUACGCCAGAAGGACAAGAAGAAGCCUGUGAAAGCUGGGGGGUCUUCGUCUACCAAAACUGGUGGCGGCAAAGACGAUGAUGACGAGGACAGUGACAGUGACAAUGCUGAAUCGAAAAAACUCAAAGGACAACUUAACAGUGCUAUUGUAAUGGAGAAACCGAAUGUGAAAUGGUCAGACAUCGCUGGGUUGGAGUCUGCAAAAGAGGCUCUUAAGGAAGCGGUUAUCCUACCCAUCAAGUUCCCUCACCUGUUCACAGGAAAGAGAACACCUUGGAGAGGAAUAUUACUAUAUGGGCCCCCAGGUACUGGUAAAUCCUACCUAGCCAAAGCUGUGGCGACAGAAGCAAACAACUCAACAUUUAUCUCAGUGUCUUCUUCAGAUCUUGUAUCCAAGUGGCUUGGAGAGAGUGAAAGACUUGUGAAGCAAUUAUUUGAGCUGGCACGAGAAAACAAACCUUCCAUUAUCUUCAUUGAUGAAGUGGAUUCCCUGUGUGGGUCCAGAAGUGAGAAUGAGAGUGAAUCAGCACGUCGAAUCAAGACAGAAUUCCUUGUGCAGAUGCAAGGUGUUGGAGUCGAUAAUGAUCAAGUUCUAGUCCUCGGUGCCACAAAUAUUCCCUGGACUUUGGACUCUGCUAUCAGGAGAAGAUUUGAGAAGCGCAUCUACAUCCCUCUUCCAGAGCAGGCUGCUCGCAGCAAGAUGUUUGAACUUCACCUUGGGGGCUCAAAGACCUUGUUGGGGGCACAAGAAAUCAAACAGCUGGGACAAAAAACAGAUGGGUAUUCAGGUGCAGAUAUCAGCGUUGUGGUUCGUGAAGCGCUCAUGAUGCCUGUUCGCAAAGUUCAGCAAGCAACACACUUUAAAAGGGUUCGCGGUCCAUCACCCUUAAACCCUGAUGAAAUUCAAGACGACCUGUUAACUCCCUGCUCUCCAGGUGACAGUGGAGCCAUAGAAAUGAACUGGAUGGACGUCCCCAGCGAUAAACUACUCGAACCAGGAGUAUCCAUGGGCGACAUGUUGAGGUCUCUCGUCACAACGAGGCCAACCGUCAACGAACAAGAUCUCAAGAAAUUUGAAAAGUUCACUGCAGACUUUGGCCAAGAAGGCUGACAAGUCAAGAUUCAUCCUACCCUCCCAAAUAAAACAUUGCAGCGAAUGCAUACCCCACCCCUCCCCCUACUCCUUCCAGAGUCAUGAUGAACAGGUUAAUGUGUACAGUGGACUGGGGUCGGAUUUACGAGUCGGGUGGGGUUUUCUAGGAUUUGAUAACCCAUUUCGUGGCACAAAAGCGAUUUGAAACUCACAUCAUAGCCCUGUCCAGUCCUUUGCUUUUGAAGGGACUCGGUCUUUCUUUUCAUAAUUCUAAUAGCAAAUAGUAACAGGCUUACUUGCUUGUGUCACUCUCCAAUAUUUCUGUGACACUAUUUUCGAUUGAAUUGAUUUUUGGUGACUUGUUGUAACAGUAAAAAUGUGAUAUUUUUUUUUUCUGACCGAUUCUCUUCAAAACAAAGAAUACCUCUCCGCAUUUGGUUAAGGUAUUUCAAUAGUACACAUCUGAUGGUUAAGCAACAGACACUUUUCAGCACUCUUGCCAAAACAGUUUAUUCUUUAUUCUAAAAUAACUCGUUUUUCGAAAAUGUAAAGAUUAGUGCUUCCUAGAAUAAGGAAGAGCCGCCUCUCCUUAUCCUAGCAAAACACAAAGUACAAGAAAACAGCCCCUGAUUUGGGAAAGCCAAGUAAAUGAAGUAAACAAAUACAUGAUUUGUCUUUCAAUAAUAUAAACAAU